UGGAGCAUAAUAUUCAUUCUUUUAACGUUUGCAGAAACGAUAAUCGGAAUAGAAAUCUCUCUUCGUUUUGCCAAGACGCAGGCUUAAUUUCCAACAAAUAUAUAGGCGUUCAUUAUAUCAAUUAUGGCUUCCAGAAUCAAUCAAGUUUUUGCACUUGUACUGGUGGUGGUGCUGCUAGGAGGCGCUGCUGCCACUGGUUGCGACGACAAAUUUGAUGUUUCCAAAGUAAAGUCUAAAAAUGCUGGAGAUAAGAAAGCGGAAAAUGCCAAGGAAGCUAAGGACAGUUCGGAAUCGUGGACUGAUUGGGCCAAAGAGAAAAUAUCUGAAGGGUUAGGGCUAAAGGCUGAAGAGGCAAAGGAUACUGCUGAGAGAAUCUCUGAUGCAUCCAUAGAUGCUGCGAAAAGGAGCAAAGAUAAGGUCACCGAAACAGCUAAAGGAGCGGGACAACACGGUGCCGAGAAAGCUGGGGAUAUAAAGAAUGUAGCAAAGGAGAAAGCUACUUAUGCCAAGGAUAUUAUAGCCGACAAGGCAGCAGAGGUCAAAGAUAAAGCAUAUGAAACUGCAGAGGCUGCAAAGGAGAAGACUACUCAUGCCAAGGAUACAAUGGCCAACAAGGCAACAGGGGCCAAGGACGAGGCGUAUGAGAACGCGGAGCAGGCAAAGAAUGCAGCGAAGGAGAAGGCUACUUAUGCCAAGGAUAUACCAGCCGACAAGGCAACAGAGGCUAAGGAUAAAGCAUAUGAGGCUGCAGAGCAGGCAAAGAAUGCAGCCAAGGAGAAGGCUAGUUAUGCCUCCGAAAAGGCAACAGAGGCUAAAGACAAAGCAUAUGAGACUGUGGAGCAGGCAGAGCGGAAGGGCAAGGAAGCUUAUGAGAAAACCAGCCAGACACAAGAGAAAGCGGCUGAGAAAGCAAAGGGAGUAGCCUCUGAAAUGGGGAAGACAGCAGUGGAUGAAACCAAGAAAAAAGAAGCCGAAGAGCAUUUGAGUUGGGCCAGGGAGAAGGCAAAAGAGGGGUAUGAAGCGGCCAAAUCAAAGGCCGAAGAAACUUUGGAAUCAGCCAAGGACACUGUUGCAUCCAACCUUGAGGCUGCCAAGGAGAAAUCACGUGAAGUAAAGGACAGUAUUGCUGGUCAAAUUCGGGAUGAAGAACUGUGAAUCGUGUUCUGUUUCUUUCUGCGUACAUUCAUGCAUGUUAUGUUCAUAUUAAUGUUGUCAAGUACAAGUUAGUUUUUCCAACGUAGAAGGUAAACUUUUGCUGUUCCAGUUUGAAUAAAAUGAAGUUUCGGUCAUACAAACUUCUGCAA